AUGUCGAUUGCCACGUCUGCCAUUACAGAAGCUUAUGUGAUGAGAAAGCACUUUCAGGAAAAGAUGAAGAAGACGACCACUUUAGAUGCACAUGAUACAACCAAACAAAGCAUACUCGAAAAAGAACAUCAUGAUGUUUCAAGCAUAAGUUGCUUCCCAAGUUUAUUCAAGAAGAUUCACCCUGCAACAACUGCAAGUGUCCAGGAUGUUCUUAAUCUGGGUUUUGGUUCUACUUUUAUUUUUACUAAGAUUCGGAGAGAGUUGAUGUUAUCAAUGAUUCUGGAAUCAAUUGCUGACCGAUUAGCUUCUCUUGGGCAACAACCACAUAUAAUUGCAAAUCAGUUUUUAAUUUGA